AUGGCGGCGGCUCGGCGGGCGCGGGCGGGCGGCGGCGGUGCGGGGCCGGGGUUCGGGCGGGUGGCCGAGCCGCCGCCGGUGCCGCAGGGGCUGCUGCGGCUGGCGCGGCGCAGCGGGCAGCUCAACCUGGCGGGACGCGGCCUCACCCACGUGCCUGAGCACGUGUGGAGGAUCAACCUGGACACGCCGGAGGAAGCCCAGCAGAACCUGUCCUUUGGAGCUGCCGAUCGCUGGUGGGAGCAGACGGACCUGACCAAGCUGAUCCUGGCCUCCAACAAGCUGCAGAGCCUCUCGGAGGAUGUGCAGCUGCUGCCCGCCCUCACCAUGCUGGACGUGCAUGACAAUCAACUGACAUCACUUCCUUCUGCUUUAGGGCAACUUGAAAAUCUCCAGAAACUCGAUGUCAGCCACAACAAACUGAGGAGCCUUCCCGAGGAGCUGCUGCAGCUGCCGCGCCUGAGGAGCCUCCUGGUGCAGCACAACGAGCUGAGCCAGCUGCCCGAGGGGCUGGGGCAGCUCCUCAGCCUGGAGGAGCUGGACGUGUCCAACAACCAGCUCACAGCCAUCCCCACCAGUUUUGCUCUGCUGGUGAACUUGGUGAGGCUCAACCUGGCCUGCAACCAGCUCAAGGAGCUGCCUGCAGAUCUCAGUGCCAUGAAAAGCUUGAGGCAACUGGAUUGUACCAAAAAUUACCUGGAAACGGUCCCUCCUAAAUUAGCAAGCAUGGCAUCCCUGGAGCAGCUUUACCUGAGGAAAAACAAACUGCGCUCCUUGCCAGAGCUUCCCUCCUGCAAGCUACUGAAGGAGUUACAUGCUGGGGAGAAUCAGAUAGAAAUCCUGAAUGCAGAGAAUCUGAAGCAGCUGAGCUCCCUGUGUGUGCUGGAGCUCAGGGACAACAAGAUCAAGGCAGUGCCCGAGGAGAUCACGGUGCUGCAGAAGCUGGAGAGGCUCGACCUGGCCAACAAUGACAUCAGUAGGUUGCCUUACACCCUGGGGAACCUCCCUCAGCUGAAAUUCCUGGCCCUGGAGGGAAAUCCUUUGAGAACCAUUCGGAGAGACCUGCUGCAAAAAGGCACCCAGGAACUGCUGAAAUAUCUGAGAAGCAAAAUCCAAGAUGAUGGACCUGGCCCCAAUGAAGAGCCUCCUGUGACAGCCAUGACUCUUCCCAGCCAGUCCAAGGUCAACAUCCACGCCAUAACCACACUGAAAUUAUUGGACUACAGUGACAAGCAGGCUGCCGAGAUCCCCGAGGCCGUGUUCGAUGCCGUGGGCGCCAACCCCGUGGCCACCGUCAACUUCAGCAAGAACCAGCUCAGGGAGAUCCCCCCAAGGCUUGUGGAGCUGAAGGACUCAGUUUGUGAUGUCAGCCUGGGCUUCAACAAAAUCUCCUCCAUUUCCUCGGGGCUGUGCCUGCUCCAGAAGCUGACACAUUUGGAUCUCAGAAACAAUCUUCUGACAGCCUUGCCUGAGGAAAUGGAGGCACUGAAAAAACUGCACACAAUAAAUCUUGCUUAUAAUAGAUUUAAGGUGUUCCCCAGUGUCCUGUAUCACCUGCCAGCCCUGGAGAACAUCCUGCUCAGCAACAACCAGGUGGGAUCCAUCGACCCCGUGCAGCUGAAGGGGCUGGACAAGCUGGGAACGCUGGACCUGCAGAACAAUGACCUUCUCCAGGUGCCCCCAGAGCUGGGCAACUGUGAGAGCCUCAGGAGCCUGCUGCUGGAGGGGAACCCGUUCCGCACGCCCCGCGCCGCCGUGCUGGCCAAGGGCACGGCUGCUGUGCUGGAGUACCUGAGGAGCCGCAUCCCCUGCUGAGCCUGGGCACUGCCCUGAGCCCUGGGCACUGCCCUGAGCCCUGCCUGGGCACUGCUCUGAGCCUGGGCACUGCCCUGAGCCCUGCCUGGGCACUGCCACCUCAGCCUGGGCAUUCCCACCUCAGCCCCGAGCCUGCCUUGGCCAAGGGCAUGGCUGCUGUGCUGGAGUACCUGAGGAGCCGCAUCCCCUGCUGAGCCUGGGCACUGCCCUGAGCCCUGGGCACUGCUCUGAGCCCUGCCUGGGCACUGCUCUGAGCCUGGGCACUGCCCUGAGCCCUGCCUGGGCACUGCCACCUCAGCCUGGGCAUUCCCGCCUCAGCCCUGAGCCUGGCUUGGCCAAGGGCAUGGCUGCUGUGCUGGAGUACCUGAGGAGCCGCAUCCCCUGCUGAGCCUGGGCACUGCCCUGAGCCCUGGGCACUGCUCCUGAGCCCUGGGCACUGCUCCUGAGCACUGGGCACUGCCCUGAGCCCUGGGCACUGCUCCUGAGCCCUGGGCACUGCCCUGAGCCCUGGGCACUGCUCCUGAGCCCUGGGUAUUCCUCCUGAGCCUGGCCUGGCCAAGGGCACGGCUGCCGUGCUGAAAUAACUUUGGAGCUGCAUUCCCACUGAGCCCUGGCCAUUCCCACCUGAGCCUGAACUGGCCAAGGGCACAGCUGCACUGCUCUAAUACCUGCAGAGCUGCACAUUCCAGCAGAACAGGAGCAGCCAGGUACCCCCUGUCCCACCAGCACCCCUGGGCUCCACUGCUUCCAUCCUUCUGCUGCUCCUGGCUGGGAGUCUGCCCAGUGUUAAGGACCCAGCUGUGAAACAUUCCCUGCCCUCUGCAUGUUCCAGCAGGGAUUUCAGGAUCCCACACCUCUCUGUUUACACUGUUUGUAAUAAAGGACAGCAAGGAAAGCUGCCUUCAGUAAGCACAAUCCUUCCUGCAGCUGAGCUGGGCUCUGGAGAGAGUUGUCACCAUUGAAGCACUGGGGCAAAGGCAGAAGGGAACACUCUGGGGUUUGUAUUCCUGUUUUCUAUUGUUUCAUUGCUGUCCCCUGGUGUGAGUGAGGUGGAGUGCUUGAGCUGUGAGGUGGUGAGAGAUGCCCCAGGUGUGUGCAGGGCUCGCCUGAGUGAAAAUGGGGCUGGUGCUGUGCUGAGACAAUAAAUGUUCCUCUUGGAUGUC